UCCCUCAAGGCGUAACAACAGUUCCUUGAACACCAAGAGGUCACUGCGCAGCUCAAUGAAUUACAAACUAGCGCCACCUAUCGGACAUAGUAAACGUUACGCGCACCUGUCGGUUGCUUCAGUGUUCUUUGUUAGCGGGAAGGAGAAAGCGCGCUUGAGCGGUAGAAGCGGCAUCACGGUCAACAUUUAAAAUGGCACCACAGAAAAGAACUGCAGAGGAAGCUGACGCUCUUCUCGAAGGGAUACAAGUAUUACUUCUGGAUAUAGAAGGAACUACCACACCAAUAAGCUUUGUUAAGGAUAAGCUGUUUCCGUAUGUCAGGGAGAAUGUGGAGACCUACUUAACAAAUCAUUUUGCAGAGGAAGAAUGUGUGGGCGAUGUCACAGCUCUCAGGGAAUUGGCUGCCAAAGACGUUGCUGAUGGUGUUGAGGGGGCAGUGGCAAUCCCUGGAGCUGAGAGUCCACAGGAUGCUGUAGUAAAAGCAGUGGUGGACAGUGUAGGCUGGCAGAUGAAUCAAGACAGAAAAUCCACAGCACUCAAACAGUUACAGGGUCAUAUUUGGCGGGAAGCAUACAAACAGGGCAAAGUGAAAGGAGAGCUGUUUGAUGAUGUUGCUCCAGCUAUCAAGCAGUUGGUAGAGGAUGGGAAGAAAGUGUACAUAUAUUCCUCAGGCAGCACAGAAGCACAGAAAUUACUGUUUGCACACUCCACAGAGGGGGAUCUCUCAGAGUCUUUGACUGGGUACUUCGACACAAAUGUUGGAUCAAAAACAGAAAGUGACAGCUACAAGAAAAUCAGUGAAGAAGUGGGCGUGAAACCAGAGGAGAUUCUUUUUCUCACAGACAUCCCACAAGAGGCCUCUGCAGCUGUAAAGGCUGGCAUGAAGAGCCAGUUGGUUGUGCGACCAGGAAAUGCAGCACUGACAGAAGACGAUAAGAAAAAUUUCCCAUACAUUGAGUCAUUCGACGAGUUGUUAGGGGCUGAAGAUGGCACCAAGAAGUUAGCGCCUGGUGAGGAAGGCGAUGCUGAUGGCGAUCAGGAAGCGGACGAUGCGAAUGGUGACGGAGACGAAGCUGAGGCUGUCGAGGGGGAAGAGAGCAACCAGUAGUCACCACCGGGACAUCACUGCCAUUUUGCCAUUGUUUUAAAUGGACUGCCAAUCUCUGCCAUGUCGUGAGGUCACAUCAGAAUGUAGUAGUACCAGGUCAUCUCAUUAGUUUUCUUCAUCUCAAAACACUAUCAUCUUCCCCCUGAUCUUUACUAUUUAUUGGGUAAACAUUAGGAACUGUAACAUUUUUUGGUUAAGUUUUUAGUCUUCUCUCUUACUAUGUUUUCACAUGUUGUAUAAUGAAUAGCUUUGUAAAACCAUUUUUCAUGUUGUAUUGAUGUAUAUUCUUUCAUUCCACCUGUACUGGAUGGCAUUUUUCAAUCAAAACGGUAGGUUUUUCGAAGGAGACGGUCACAGUUUUGUCAGUGCUGGCAUUGUUAAUGUUUUACAGUACAAGUUCGUUUGUACAUGAAGACCAUGUUGGGGAAGCCAACCGCUAGUGCCCUUUCGCCAUUUAUAUUUAUGGACUCCUGUCACAAUAAAGUGGUAGUUUUACUAUA